UUACUUUAUACAAGAUAUCCUCUAUAUGCGAUCGUGUAGUAGUGGGAUCAAGAUUUGAUCUUAGACAAACACAGGUGGAGAAGCGAUAGUUUACCAAGUGGGAAACCAAAAGGAAGAUAAGAAAUGGCUGAAACAAAUGGCAUAGUGAAACACAUAGUCAUCGGAAAGUUCAAAGACGAUGUCACUCAACAACGAAUUGACGAACUCAUCAAAGGCUAUGCCAAUCUCGUCAAUCUCGUCCCAACCAUGAAAUCAUUCCACUGGGGUACGGAUGUAAGUGCUGAAAACCUGCAUCAGGGUUUUACUCAUGUGUUUGAAUCAACAUUUGAUAGUCUGGAAGCGGUUGCAGAGUAUGUGGCUCAUCCCGCACAUGUUGAGUAUGCAAAUUUGCUUCUUCCUUCCUUGGAUAAAGUCAUUGUAAUUGACUAUAAGCCCACCAUUGUUAGCCUCUGAUGGUUUGGUUAAGUUAUGAAAGUUACACAAGUUCAUGGAUCAUGAUGUUUCUUGUUGUACUGGAUUUGCUGUUUUAUGUUAAGGAUAAACAAUUUGUUUUCUCUAUAAUAAAUGGCUUUUGUUUGAUCUA